AUGAUAGGUCGGCCCGUCAUCAGCACCAUAUAUUGUGGCGAUGCUGAUGGGAAGAAAGUAGUGGAGGAAUUUGGGUCAACGUCGUCUAUAUGCGCCUUUGUAAGACUGAGGGACCGCAGAGGACGUAAACUCUGGACCGUGAGUGCCCACGAACCUGCGGAAACCGCUGAGGACAACAGUAAGGACGCCUUCUAUGAUGAACUCAAUGCGUUGUUGUCUAAAAUAGCCAGCCAGGAGGUGGUCAUUGGUGGAGUCGACGCAAAUGCGAAGAUAGGACGAACAACAAUCCGAUGUGACUCGAAGAACAAUCCGAUGUGCCAGGAAAAUGGUAUUUUCGGUAUUAGUGGUAAUGUUAUGGAGCGCACGUCGGACAGCGGUGACCGUCUAGUCAACUUCCGUGAAGGUCUUUCGUGA